AUGGUUCGUAGUCACCUUACGGCAACCGAGAAAGCUCUUCGCGCCUUUGUUUACCGAGAACGCGGUACUCGCUCUCCUUUGGCCCAAAAUGAGAAGCGGGAAACUCGGUUGGGUUCCAUUGAGGACGAAAUCUGGAGCAGUUUCAGCUUCUGCAAACCAACUUGGGGAGGUAUUGGUGCCUUCUUGGGCGUAGGUCCCCAUGAGUCUAGUCGCAACCCUGUCAUCGAUGUUUUUGCUUCCAACCACACUCUUUCGUUCGUCUCAGUCGGCAAGCCAGUUAUCAAUACCGUCGAAGAUGUCAAGCGCGACUUCUACCAGAAUUUUGAACACAUGGUUCGCGAAAAACUCAGCAAUGGGCCUUUUACGACUACAAGAAUAGAUGUGCCCAAGGAACAGACUCUGCCGGUGGAAAAUUGCGUCUACCGACUCACUUGGCCUGGAAAGUCGAAUCAAAUACAUGAGAAAUCGGCUAUGAUAGGGUUGUUCAGGGAACCCGGGAGCAUCAAAGUUUCCCAGUGGGAUGUCCCCAUGGAUGAGUGGAACCUACCGGUCGACGAGAGCACCCGCGACCUCCAGCGGAGUAUUUCAAAGUAA